AUGGAGGGAGCAAGAUUUGGAGAGCUAAAGUUGGAGGUCGGGAUGAAGUUCAAUAGCAAACAUGAUUCUAUUAAGGCAGUGAGAGAGUUCACCAUACAAGAGGGGAGACAAAUCAAUUUUAGAAGAAAUGAGAGUUAUAGGGUGAGAGCUGUUUGCAAGUACAAGAAGGAGGGUUGUAAGUGGGUUGCAUAUGCCUCUAUAGAUCAUGAAGAGACUUACUGGCAGUUGAAAACAUUCAACAACAACCAUACAUGUGCAAGGAGGACUAAAAACAGGACAGCAAAUAGGAAGUGGCUAGCCUCAAAGAUGAUAAAGAAAAUAAGAAAAUAUCCUAACCUUAAGCAUGGAGAAGCAUCUGAUUACUUCAAAAGGAAGUGUGAUCUUGACUUGAAUAAAUCCUCUCUGACUAGGGCCUUAAGUGAUGCAAGGAACAUUGUAUAUGGGGAUGCGGCAGCACAAUACACACUUCUCAUAGAUUAUGCAGAGACAUUACUGAAAAGUAACCCUGUAUCAACUGUUAAAAUAGGAGUGAAGCCACAACCUAAAGGAGAACCAACUUUUGAAAAAAUGUACAUAUGCCUCGAUGGAUGCAAGAAAGGAUUCAAGGCUGGGUGUCGGUCUCUAAUUGGACUAGAUGGAGCCUUUUUGAAGACACACUUUAGAGGACAAAUACUAGCCGCAGUUGGACAAGACGCUAACAACCACAUAUGUGUCAUCGCUUGGGCCAUUGUAGAGGUCUAG